AACAGCACUGCGUUUUAUAUUGCCACGGAUAUUUGGCUCUUGAAGCUUCGCUCUGUUUUUACUGCGAUACUUCAGGAGCGGAUGUCGCGCGCGCACCAACACGAGGGAAACUCCCCCGCUUUCAACGGUCGCCGACGGAUUUAACGUAAAUUAAAUAGGUGGGAAACUGCUUCUGAGGAACAGCAGCCACAGGAGAGUUUCCGGCGCCGCCUGAAUCUCCUCCCCCUUCCUCGGCGAGGCCUCACUUUCCUUGCUGUGGGAGCCGAAGGUCACGUGGCAUUAUAAGAAGGGAGAAGUAGCUUACAAUCCACCUGAGAAGAAAGAGAGAGAGAGGAAAAGAAACUCUUCCACAUUUGGCUGCUGUGGUGUAGGAUGGAGAGCACUGAGGACCCAGAAAACAGACUCCUCCUGCAGCCCUGGACUUCAGUCUGCUUUGAUGAGUCCACAAAACUGAUGAUUAAGGUUUGGUUUGGAGAUGCUGGCUAUGCCUUGCUCCUUUCUGACCUCAGCAGUAUGUGGUACGAAAAGGUAGAUACUGAGGUGAUACAACAGAGAUCAAAGGAGCUAAAUAAGCGUUUGACAGCUCAUGUAUCCUCCUUCCUAAGCCGCCUGCGCAGUCUGAUAUGUCCCCUUCUGGAAGGAGAAAAGAGCAGUUCUACCAUCUUCUCCUGCCAGCUCAGCUCCAGCACACUGACUCUUCGUGUGAAGAGUGAGCUCUCAGGGCUACCCUUCUACUGGGAUUUCCGUUGUUCAGCAGCACCUGUUAAGAUGGUGUUCCACCAGCUUGUGCAGCCCCUGAUGGCGAUGAGCUUGGUGUUGCAGAGUCAAGUGCAGGAGCUGGCAUCUUUGUUGCUCCGAAAGGAUGCUGAGAUCGAAGACUACCGGGAGAGUGGGGCUACUCUCAGUCGAGAACGUUUAAAGACAGAACCUUUCAAUGAAGAAUCUUUCCUACAGACAUUUGAGACUAAGAUUUUGCCCCAGGCUUGCUGCCUGGGAGAUGGGCACCAAUUCACUUCUAACCUGAAAGAGCUCUAUGUGUCAGUGUCCCAAAAGCAGGCUAGGGCAGCUUGCAAACGGCAUUGGGAAGGAGACUGUGAGAGUCCUGAACAUGCCAGCUUCCAGGACCUUGCCCAGAAGGCUGCAGAUUUGCCAAAUGAGGAGAAGAAGACUGAAUCGCAGUCAGCAGCUGCACAGUGUACACAAGACACAGUGGUACCUUCCUCCCAGACCCAGAAGGUUCAUUUGCCCAUUGCCAAGAGCAAAAGGAAGAAGGCAAAAGGGCUAUUUGGCUGAUGCAAAUGACUCUUCCACAGAGACAGAAAUGCUGUUGUUGUAUUGAACCUCUCCCUCUUCCUGGAGCAACUGGAAGAGAGAUGGACUUUUUUUUGCUCCAGAAUACAGCUAUGCCACUCUGUUCCUUCCCUCUCCCCUCUUUCUUGCCAUGUUGGGCACCAUAGUGGGCAGUAUCCCCUUCCACACUACAGCUGUCUAUUGCCCUACCUCUGGCUAUUUUUUUCUUAAUUUCUGGAGUACAGAUACUAGCCUUGAAACUUGGAGAUGAUGCAUUCAAAGUAAAAAGCAGGGAAAAGAAAGUGGACAGUGAUAGGAAUCCAAGAUUGAUAGUUAUCUGGGCUCCUACUACACCUAUUCUGUCCAUAAAAUCUAUACCCCACUUUGUUAAUGUGUGUGUAAUGAAGACCUUGGAUAAAAAAGUUGGGCUUACUGAUGCAGUGUCUUUUACACAUGCACUAUACAAUGCAGCAUUGCCAGCAUCAAUCAGCUGAACCACAUCUUCUUUUUUCUACACGCUUACAGCCUUCUUGGUGGUAGAUAAAUGUUUAAGAAGGAUGUGGACAUCGUCUAACAAAGGUGCAAAACCCAAAGCAGGGCAUGGGUUGGGGUUGUGUUAGUCUGUGUGAUUUGCAUGGUCUUCUGUCUCUGCAUAGAAUCUAUGUCUCUUAAUCUGUGUCUUCCUUCUCUUCCACUCAGCACUUGCUUCCUCUCAUCCUUUGUUUAGUUCUACUCUAUUUUUCAAAAAAAAAUCCUGCAGAGGAUUAAAUUUUGAUGAAAUGAAGGUACACUAUACUGAUUCAAGCAAAUUCACACGAACAUAAUUUUAGCCUGGGCUCCACUUUCCUUGAUGCAAACAUUUGCUUUUUUUAAGGCACAGAAUAUUCUCUUCCCUAAAUAUCUAAUGUUAAGUCUGUGAAACCUUAGUCCUUUGACUGAUCAGACUUUUCCUGCCCUUAUAGCUAGAGAUAGGACAUAACCUUCUACCUUUAUUUUUGCACAGAGGCAGUCCAAGGGAUGCUGGUGCCUGAGGUAGAAAAAUGACACCUUCCCUAGUAAUAAUAAUAAUAAUAAUAAUAAUAAUAAUAAUAAUUAAUUUAAAUCUUUUGCUGCCUAUCAAUAUUCCAAAACUUGCCAUAUACCAUGUCUAACAACAAGUUUAGAACUGCAGCACCCAGAACUCGGAGCACAUAUGGGGUUCUCUUGGACUUUUUGUUUAAUAUCAUCAUGUUUGUAAGCUGAAGUUCCACACAUCCUGAAACAUUUUCUGCAACAUAGAUCUACACAACUUUGGACUUGCCAAGCUGAAUGACAUCUUUCAUCUGAGGAUCACAGGGCAGUAUAUUUAAAAAUCACCUUUCUGCCUCAUACGAGUAUAAGGGCUCACUGAGAUCUCAGUACAUCUAUUGCUUUUGCUAUUUGAGACCACAAGAACAGUGGGGUUGUAUAGCACCUGGCAAUGAUAGCAUUAGGCUUCUGGGCUCUGUUUGGCUUGUGCGGUCAUGAGUUGUACAGGACUGUGCUGUAAACCCUUCUUACUCAUACAGUUCAUUACUACAUAGUCCUGUCUUCACUGGAGUACAGUUCUCUUCUUGCACUGACUUUUACUUCAUUCUUAUGCCCUUCGUCUAUCCUUCAACCUGCAGAACUUCACUAUACCAAACCUCCAGAUUUUUAUAGCAAACGUUGUGUCAUUUGAUGCCCAUGAAGUCCUAGUGUUGUGAAAGGAAGCAGUUUACUGUAGCUGCAAAGCAGGUUUCUAACAUACUACCCCCUCAUACCUGCUUCCAGGAUCAAAAGGCGAAUAAAAACAGAUUGCUCUUGGCCAAAGGAAUUACAGGCUAUCAUUGCAAGCAAGCUGGAAAACCACAUCCUAGAGGCCAGAAGGGGAAGAGGCUUCUGCUAUAGCAAGUGAUGCUAAAGAAUUACCUUCCCCCAAAUGCUGUCCUGCCCACUUUGGCUGUCAGUCAAAUAGUGCUCAUGCUGUCCUGCUGGGCCACACCCAAUAGCCACAGAACCAUUCACAAUGAAAUUAACUCCUCUGACCUUAGAGGGAAUUAAGCUAAAAAGUCUCUUCCUUUUCUUCCCCAGUGAAGCCAGAAUAGUUCAACUCUGCUGCCUGUUAACAAGAUACUGAUAUGAAAAAUGAAGAAAUAGUAGAUGCAGAGUUCUGGAAUUAUCUAAAGAUUCAUCCUAACAUAUUGGGGUUUGUCCACUGACAUAGUGUGACACAUUCUGCUAUGGUUCCCACUGCAGAAACAGAAGGACCAAAAGGUUUCAGUGAACUGAUUGUAGAGUCUUAGAUUGAUUAACCAGAACAGUACAGUUUUACAUUACUGAAUGUUUUUAAAAUGAAAUCUGGAGUUUAUGAAAUCUUGAAAUCUGGAGUCUUAAAUUCAUAUUUUGAACCAUAUAGAAUGAGUGAUUACAUAAUAUAUAACUUAAUGUUCUUGGGGGGGCACAUGCUUUGCAUGCAAAAGAUCCCAUGUUCAAUCCCUGGUACCUCCAGAUAGAUAUGGGAAAUGCACCUGUCUGGAACCCUAGAUAGUCAGCCACUGCCUGUCAGUGUACAAUGUACUUGCAGUCAGUCUUAGCUCCCUAGUUUAUCUAACACUAAUUUUAUACUCAGACUUCAUACCCCUCCAUUUCUAUUGUUGACAUAUCUGUCUUUUUAAAGUAAUUAAUAUGAUUAUGUUUAUUACAUCUGAAUAUAUAUUGGGGGGAGGGGGAAAAUUGUUGAAACAUAGAGCCCCUCCAGAUGUCUUUUUUAUUGCACAUUCAUAAUGAUUUGCCCCCAAUGUGUUAAUGGUGAAGUUGUACAUGAUUGCACUUUCAAUAAUGUGCCUGUGAAUGUUCCAGGGUGAUUAAACUAGAUUAGUUGCAA